UAUAGACUUAAUGUUUUUAUAGCGCUUCAUAUUUAUGCAAAUGAUUUAAAUUGAUAAUUUCGUCUUUAAUGGAAUAACGCAAUAAACAAAGUUAAUAUUUAAAUAAUAGUUCAUUAUAUCUUCUUGUGCUCGAUAUCGUUUGAUUAAACAAUAUAUAUGAAUGUCUCAUAUAUUUCAUUGAAAGAUAAAAGUGAGAGUAGGGGUGUUGAAGUAAAUUGCAACUGUUUAAUUUUAACUUUCUAAUUCAAUUAAAAAAAGCAUUACUAUAAUGUCUCCAGCGAGAUUAACUAGAAAUAAUGAAAAUGAAUUUGAAUAUCCAAAGGCGAAAAAAAGAAAGACUAGUAUUCACGACAGAAGUGUUAAUGGCUCGAUAGUAAGGUUAGAAUGUAAUAACAUUACCAGCUUACAUGCAUUUGAUACAUCUUUUUUGAAUGAUUUUAAUUCAAUAAAUUCAUCCAAAAGUCCUGAAAUAUUAAUGGAAAAUGAUAUGAUAAUAAAAGCAGAAAUAUUAGAUUCUAUUACUAUUAAAAAUGAAAAUGAAGAAAUCGAUUUAAUCGAAUCAAAAGAUGAUAAAUGUGAGAUAUCUGAAAGAAUCAUUAAACCUACAUGUAAAAUGACCUCUCCUAUGAAAGCUAAACGAAACAAAAGAAUUAAUGGUGUCUUAAUCGAGGAAGAAAAAAAUAUUAUGAAAGAGUUACGGGAUAUAGGAGAAAGUGAAGAAAUAUCGGACGAUGAUAAGGAGAAAUUAGAAAAUUUACAUGUUAAAUUGAUACACGAAGUACUACCUCAACAUAAAAUUGAAAGUAAUGCCGGAUGUCGUGGACCAAGGGAUCAUGAAAAAAAAUUAUUUGAAAAGUAUGGACCGCUUCGUAAAGGUACUUAUUCCUUGCAAGAGGAUGAAAUUAUCAAAAAAAAUUGGAAAAUGUUUUGCAAAGUUCACAAUUGGAAGGAAGAUCAUGUAAAACCGUUCCUGUCGUUAAAACAUAAUGGUAAAUAUUACAUACGCAGUUUUGAGGAACGACAAAAAUUUGUUCAAUUUUUAGCUAAUGGAUUAUCAUGGAGAACUUUGUAUAGUGUAUAUUGGCGGUUCAAAAAUUUAUAUCACAAUCGUAUCUGUCAAAGAUAUAGUCCUGAAGAGGACGAAAAGAUUAUAACUUAUGUAGAGAAGAAAAAGAAUAAUCUUAAUAAGCAUAAAGUUUUUUCUGACUUAUCUAGAAUAUUGAAUCGUUCUAAGCAAUCAAUCUGGAUGCAUUAUGAGUUUAUUAUAAAAAAGCGCAACGUCGAGGAGGAGAAUAUUUAUGUACCGAAACCAGUUUGGACGUUACCAUUAAUUAAAAGAUAUAUUAAAAAAUUAGUUCGAUUAACGUUAUGCGAUGAUAUACAAGAAUUGAAAAAUGCUAUUAUCCCAAAGGUAGUUUGGAAAGAGUUAGAAAAGAAAUUAAAUAUAGAUCAUAAAACGCUGAAAAACUUUUGGGUACUACAAUUGCAUAUGCAGCUAUUUUGUCCAAAUAUCAUUUAUAUGAAUGAUGUUAAAAUACAAUUGAUAGAGUAUAUGUUUGAGAAAGGAAUAGCGGAUAGUAGAGAAAUAGUAUGGGGAAAUCUUGUUAAGUACUUCGAUGGAAUGACAUCGUCGUUUCUAAAUAAAACAUUUGUCUAUCUCAUGAAGGAAUUUGACGUGAAAAAAUAUAGAAGGAAAAGUUUUUUGGACGCUAUAGAAUAUUUGUAUGAAAAAAAAAUAUCGGAAAUAAAAAAGCAUAAAUUGGAUAGAUAUUUACCUAGAAUUCAAUAUACUAAUGGAAAUAUAGAGAUUAUUACUGAAGAGAAAAUGAAUAAACUAGGAGAAAGAUGAACGAAGUAACAAAUAAAUGACUGAUAAAUAAGAUAAAUUUUUUAUCUAAUUUUUCAAAUUAAGUAAUGCGCAUAAAGUAAUAAUAAAUUUAAUGUACAUAUAUUGGGUUGUAACGCGUAAAUAUAUUCAUUUGCAUUCGAUUAUAACGCCGCGUCUAUACUUAUAACAAAUUUAAUUGUGUUACAACCUAAUACAUACAUCAAUCUACAAUACACAAUUGAUCAUUUUUGGUAAUGACAAUAUGUUUUGUAGAAGCUAAAAAUAUGAAAUUUAUUUUAGAAAAUGUGACGAUACAUUAAUCUGUCUCAUACCAAUUAUACGCACAUAAUCUAUUCUUUCUCUUUCUUUUCUAUUUCUUCUUUUCUUUUUUUUUUUUUUUUUCUUGUUUUCUUUUCUUUCUUUUGUUUUCUUUUAUUUUUUUUUUUUACACAAGCUCAUAUUGGAAUAUAAUAAUACUUUAUGUCUUGCUUUUUUUAGAUUCUUUCUCAAGCGCCUUUUCCUUUGCCCUUUGAUAAAGAGGAAUAAGUUUUCCUUCUUUGGCAAGUAUUUUAAGUAAUUCCAUGAUAAGAGGAAGGUAGUUGUGUUUUCUUCGUAUAUUUUCUAUUUGAUAUCGUUUUGAUUUUCUUAUUUCUUCUUCUAUCAAUGCCUGUAAACGUUCUAAUUCUGCAGGAUCACAAACAUUUGUUUUUUGACGUUCAUAAAGAGUCUUUCUGUCGGUUACUAUAGCCAUCAAAUUGAAAUGUAUUUCUCCCUCGUUAUACCUGUAGAAAAAUUUCAUUAGAAUCCCUAUUACAGGUUUGGCUGCUUGAACCCACUGAUCGCCAACCGGACAUGGUCCUAAAUCCAUAGGUCCAUCCUUUAAUCCAUCAAGUUCAUAUAAUCUACCAUCGAUUGGCACAUAGCUCACAAAGUGGAAUACGUCGUCGUCUUUGGAUGCUUGCUUAGUAUCGUACUCGAAUAAAGUUUGUCUAGAAAUAUUAAAAAUAAAUGAAUAUAUAAGAAUGCUUGAAGAAAAAAAAUUAUUAAUUUUACCUAGAAAAGGAAUUGUGAACUUCUCUGAUAACAUCGGAAUUACUUAAAGCAAGACCACGCAUAUUUGCAUCAAAACUCUGACAAAAGUUUUUGAAUUCUUCCAAAUUAGGACCCAAUGAUAUAUCCGAGUGUUUACAAUUUAAAAGUACACUCAGUAUUGCCUGUGUUGCGCAAGCAUUAUUUAUAACCUAUAAAUUUGAGUUUUGAGUUAGAAAAAUAAAUUAUAUAACCUUGGAACAUUAUCUGACAAAUAGAUCAUAUCAUAGAUAUUUUCAUAUGAAUAUAUAACAUUAUAUUUCAAAUAUACCUGUUUUGCAAAAAAGAUCUUAUCUAAUCUACUAUCUUGUACGAUACUUCCUGAUGGUUCAUCGUCUUGUACCCAUUUAAAUAAAAAUAUCAAACCAUGAACUGGCCUGGAAAAAAAAAAAAAAAAAAAAAAAAAAAAAAAAAAAAAUAUUUCUUUUUAUC